UGCAGCCACCGGCCAGCCAACCCGUGGAGACCAUCCACAGCAAUCUGAGCUGCCCAUCAGACAGCAGCCCUUUCUGCCUGUUGAAGGGAGUAAGCAGGGUGCUCCUCUGAGCCUCUCCCUCCUGGAAAACGCCACAGGACAAAAUGGCUGCCAUGACUAUAGACCCGGCAGAGCAGCCACGGAUGUACCAACAGACUCUGCUUCAGGAUGGACUGUGUGACCUGUUGGAGAAUGACAAGUUUGUGGACUGUGUCCUCAAAAUCCAGGACAAAGAGUUUCCCUGCCACCGCCUGGUCUUAGCAGCCAGCAGCCCCUUCUUUAAGGCCAUGUUCCUGUCUGAUCUGGAGGAGAGCAAGAAGCGGGAGAUUGUCCUCAAAGAUGUGGAACCUGGGAUCAUGGGAAUGAUCCUGCGCUACUUGUACACCUCUGAUAUUAAUCUGACAGAGCAAAACGUCCAGGAUAUCUUCAUGGUUGCCAACAUGUACCAGAUCCCGUCCAUCUUCUCUGUAUGUGUGUCCUACCUUCAAGAGAAGCUGGUGCUUGGUAACUGCUUGGCGAUCUUCAGAUUAGGUUUGCUCCUGGAUUGUCCCAGACUUGCACUUGGUGCCAGGGAAUUCAUCUGUGAGCGAUACCAAGUGGUUAUCAGGGACCAGGACUUUCUUCAACUCAGCCCAACUGAGCUGGCCAUCAUCAUCACCUCAGAUGCCCUGAACAUUGAGCGGGAAGAGGUGGUGUUUGAAUCCCUGAUGGACUGGGUCAAACAUGAUGAGACAAGUCGCCUUAAAGACCUGCCGGAACUGCUGCACUGUAUCCGUUUCCGGCUGAUACCUCUGGAUUAUUUCAAAGAGAAAGUGGAGCGUCACCAGUACAUCCGGUUCAGCCAGGACAUCAAAAAAGACCUGGAUCUCGUCAAGGAUGCUCACAAAGGGCGUCUCCCAAAGCCGACGAAGCCCAGCAGAGAUGGAGCAAAGGGUGGAGAGAGGAAUGAGGAGGAUGAGGAUGAUGAUGAGGAGGAGGAGGGGUACCUGCCCGGCAUACUCAACAACAACCCUCGGUUUGGGAUGUUUGAGAUGGAGUUGAUACUUAUGAUUAACAACACAGGGACCGUGGCCUAUGACCCGGUAGGAAACGAAUGCUUUGUAGUGUCAGAAACUACAGACAUCCCCAAGAACCACAGCAGCCUGGUCACCAAGGAGAACCAGGUGUUUGUUGUUGGAGGACUUCUUUACAAUGAGGAGGACAAGGACGAGCAGUUCAGUUCAUACUUCCUCCAGUUUGAUCCAGUCAGUUCAGAGUGGUUGGGGAUGCCCUCACAGCCCAGCCCUCGCUGUCUGUUUGGUCUGACUGAAACUGAAAACUCCAUCUUUGUUGUGGGAGGAAAAGAGUUGAAGGAAGGAGAACACGCCCUGGACUCGGUCAUGAUCUAUGACAGACAGUCUUUUAAAUGGGGUGAGUCGGACCCUCUGCCUUACCAAGUGUACGGUCAUGGGACUGUAUCACACAAAGGCCUCAUCUAUGUCAUUGGAGGAAAGUCUGAAAGCAAGAAGUGCAUGAGGAGAGUGUGUGUCUACAACCCAACCAAGUUUGAGUGGAAGGACUUGGCCCCCAUGAAGACCGCCCGCUCCCUGUUUGGCAUCACUGUCCAUAACGACCAGAUCUAUGUGAUGACGGGGGUCACAGAUUCAGGCCUCACCAGCUCCGUGGAAAUCUAUGACAUCGCUAGCAACACGUGGUCGGAGUUCACAGAGUUCCCUCAGGAGAGAAGUUCCCUCAAUCUGAUCUCAAUGGGAGGCUUCCUGUAUGCAGUGGGCGGGUUCGCCAUGAUGCCUUCUGAAACCAGUGAGGAGCCGGUGCCCACGGAGAUGACGGACAUCUGGAGAUACGAUGAGUCUGAGAAUUGCUGGAAUGGGAUUUUGCGAGAAAUAAGCUACGCAGAAGGAUCCACUAUUUUACCUGCUCGUCUCAACACACUCCGCCUCAACAAAUUAUAACUGAACUGAUGUGAAGUCAAUGAUGUAACAUUAUCAUAGAGAUGAAUUAGUGAACUCUAUUGAGAAACUGGCCCCUUAUUGUUGUCCUGGAUAUUAGUAAAUGAAUAGAAAAAGGAUCCUCCAGCAGGGGGCGACAAGAUGACAUUUUUGGAAGGAGAAAAGAGAGGAAGCCAAAUUUCCUUUAUAACAAGUCCAAAGAUUAAUUUGAGAAAUGUUUGUACAUCUUUUUUUCUUUUUUUUGUUAUACUAUUUAAUAAAUUUUCUUUACCUGUUUACUUUGUUUAAAGCAGAAAUAAAGAUACUGACUGCU